CAACUCCGACUCUCUGUCAACGCAGCGCGUGACUUCACUCUCCGUAUCCAGAGGCAGAAUCGCGCUUCCCCUCACUCCCCUUCUCCGCCACCAGCAGCAGCAGCAAUGGCAUCGAAGCCGGUCACUGCCCCAGUCCCGAUCACUUGGUACCCAACCCUAGCAGUUUUCAUGCUCUCCAUCGGCCUUCUCAUCACAGCUUCCUUCUUCAUCUAUGAAGCCACAUCCUCGAGAAAAACCCGCAGUCUUCCGAAAGAACUGACCACAGGAGCGCUGGCAUCUUUCUUUCUGGGUUUUGGAUCCUUGUUCCUGCUACUUGCAUCUGGCGUUUAUGUUUAGACUAUCUAUGAUAAUAUCUUUUUGAUGUUUAGACUAUAUAUGAUAAUAUCCUUUUUAUGUUUAGACUAUCUAUGAAAUUUACUCCCAGUAGAACUGAUGAAAAUUUUGUUUAAUGUAACCAGCUAAAUUAGAGUAUUUUGGUAAUGAGAUCCAGAACUUCUUCUUAACCUUGAUGAUGAUAGUUUCGAGUGGUUCUUUUUCCC